CUACAGUAGUGUACUCAAGCAAGCUAGUGCAUUAAUGACAAAUGAGAUCAUAUGAUCAUAUUGAUGAUUCUCUCUCUGCGGCUGUUGCGAAUGGUAAGUAGUAUGAUAAUGAUAUCCACCCUGCUUUCCAUGACAAUUUGUCAAACUUGUGGAACCCAGAACAGCUAGCCUGUCCCUGACAGUCAAAGCAAAAAGUGACAUAAAAAGUAGUGGAGAAAUUUCCGGUCUCUUAAUUGAUUACCUUUUUCAGUGUCUUUGGUGGUAUCAAUUGUCAAAGACACUCCACCUUCUGCUCUGGAUACUUUUCGCCAGUUACCAGCUCCAUCGAUCUUAUUAACUUGGUAAAGGUAAAGCCUAAUUUCACAAACAUAUGAGAGAGAUGCUAGCACUAGCCAUCCUCAAGCCCAUCAUCUUCUCAACAAUUAAUGCAGUGUCACUACUGGUACUGAUCAACUUGCCACCUGCCGUCACACUACUCUCCCCUUGCCGCAACUCCUGCGGCAACAUUGCCAUAAACUACCCCUUCGGGAUGGACGAUGGCUGCGGCGCACCCCAGUUCCGGCACAUGCUCAACUGUAGCAGUACCAAUGACCUGUUCUUCUUAACCCCUUCAGGCAGCUACAAAGUCCAAUCCAUCGACUACAACAAGAAAACGAUGGUUGUGUACGACCCCGCCAUGUCCACCUGCUCCAUUCUGCAACCUCACCACGACUUCAUCAUGACUGACAUUCAGUCUGCCAUUAUACCUCCCACAUCGGACACAGUCUUUGCCCUACUCAACUGCUCCAUCGACUCCCCAGUGCUCAACCAUUACAGCAAUCUCUGCUUCAACUUCUCAGGCCACUCCUGCGAUGAGCUAUACAGUGCCUGCAAUGCUUUUAGAGUCUUCCAUUUCCUAACUAACACCACCCCACCUUGUUGCUUUACCAGCUAUGACACCAUCAAGUUUAUGAGCAUGAACAUCUUGGACUGCACGCAUUAUACCACUGUGCUCAACACCGAUAGUUUGAAAGGAAUCGGACCUUUGGAUUGGGUAUAUGGUAUAAAGCUUUCCUAUACGCUCCCUGAAACUGGAUGUGAGAGAUGUGCACAGUCAGGAGGUACGUGUGGCUUUGACACCGAAACCGAAGGAAUGAGAUGCCUCUGUUCAACUUCAUCAAAUUCUACAAGACAAUGUGGUAGUGUUAUGGCACAAGGACAUGCCCGGAUCUCAGGAAUAUCGUCCCAAAAACUUUUUCUCAUGAUGAUGGGGGCAUUUCUCUACCUCAUUUCUUCUUGAUGUAUUUUUUUUUAUUGAAAUUUCAUCAACUUUUUCCUCAAAAGUUAAGGGGAAGGUUUGUCGAUUAGCUACGAACUGAGAUUGGAGUGAAAAAACUGUUUUUUUGGUUUUUUUUUUUUUUUAAUUAUUAUUUUUCCUUCA